AAAUUUUCAUUGAAAGAAAGUUAUUCUAUUUUAUUUAGCCAAAAAGAUUUUAUUCUGAUAUUAUACUCUAAAGACUCUGCAAAGCACUAAUAAUAUUCGUUUGUUGUUGCACAUGUCUUAACGGGGUAAAAUGUAGAUUCAGUCUCCGAUCUGUUCUCUGUUUAUUCCAUUGAAGGACAGUUAAAAUUCAUCACGAUGAAUGAAACUUGUAACGAAACUGAAAAGAAGCAAACAUAGUACAGAAAAAAAGAUUACUUUAAUUACCUUUCCUGCUUCUGUUCAAAAAUAUGGUUCCCGUCUGUCUGAAUCAGAAAGGAGAGUUUCUUUGCUGCAAAAUUAGGUCUGAAAUUUCUCACAAAACGACAACAACUUGUGUCAUAUCAUUGGUCCGAGAAAAAAAAAAAAGGCCUAUAGUCAUAAAGACUGGCCAAACCACAAGUACCGUAUGAGUUGCGCUGAAUUUGAAUAAUAUCUGGAGCUAACCAACAAGGGAUACCGACUCAUAUUAGCCAAAAGGUUACCAAUCAAGAUCCGGGCAUUUGAACUCUUUCCUUUUUCGCUUUCAAUCUUUUUGUUGGAUUACCUGGUCAUGUUAUAGAAUUCCAUGCCACUUUUAUGGUAAAGAAUCAACCCUUUUCUUUUUCCUUUUCAUCUAAGAGCAGAGUCUUUGCUCUGUUUCUUUUCACAGGCAGGAGUGAAGGAGAGGUGGAGCUUCUCAGGUCUGAUUCAAGCGCAUGUCCCAGGACUCGACUCAUCUGUGUUUCUACGUUCUAUGAAUGACAUCGCUGCAGCAGUAAUUCAAUAUGACACAGCUCUGUUAGCGGCUAGACUUGAACAGUGUUGACUUUUGGUUGGACUAGAAUCUAGAUUGCCAGAUUCUAGUAUUAGUCACAAUGUUUAGUAGAUGGAGUAAUUCUCAUCACAACCAAGAGGAUGAUUCAUUGCAGCAUGAAUCCAAGGCCAAGGAGCUUAGAGCUGCAAUCGGACCACUAUCUGAGCGCAGUUCGAAAUAUUGUACUGAUGCCUGCUUGAGGAGAUACUUGGAGGCACGAAACUGGAAUGUUGACAAAUCAAAGAAAAUGCUGAAUGAGACACUCGAAUGGAGAUCAACCUAUAAGCCUGAGGAAAUACGUUGGCAUGAAGUUGCAGUAGAAGGUGAGACUGGAAAAGUAUCCAGAGCAAAUUUUCAUGACCGACAUGGUAGGACUGUUCUUAUACUGCGACCAGGAAAGCAGAAUACCACAUCGUUGGACAAUCAGCUUCACCAUUUGGUGUAUCUGAUAGAGAAUGCUAUCCUAAACCUUCCAGAGGGUCAAGAGCAGAUGGCAUGGUUGAUAGACUUCACUGGGUGGACAUUAAGCACAAGUGUGCCCAUCAAGUCAGCUCGCGACACUAUUAAUGUAUUACAAAACCACUACCCUGAGAGGCUGGCUAUGGCAUUUCUCUAUAAUCCCCCAAGAAUUUUUGAAGCAUUCUGGAAGAUUGUUAAGUAUUUUCUGGAUGCUAAAACCUUCCAGAAGGUAAAGUUUGUGUACCCUAAGAACAAAGACAGCGUAGAGCUCAUGAGAUCAUAUUUUGAUGAGGAAAAUCUACCGACUGAAUUUGGAGGAAAGGCCAUAUUGGAGUACAACCAUGAAGAAUUCUCCAAGCAAAUGAUCCAGGAUGAUAUCAAGUCUGCCAAUUUGUGGGGAUUUGAUGAUAAACUCCAAUGCGUUGGCAAUGGGCACUCUAGACCUGAGGUUGCUCCGGAGCCUGUUUCCCUUGCACCGCCAGCCAGUUGAGCUACCUGUCGUCACCUUAUAAUGUAAUAAGUUAUAUAUAUUUUUUAUGGAACCGAUUAUGAGGUGGACAUAGCAAGCAGUGACAUGACCUUUUCACUAACGGGCUGAAAUUGAUGCA